AUGACUGCUCGCGACGUAGUCUUGCUCCUCGUGAGCGUCGGUCGGUUUGGCUGCUUCCAUAAUAGGGCCGCAUCUCGCCAAGAGUGCGGUAAGGCUUUCUUCGAGAGUUUCACUUCGUUGCUUUCUCUGUCGGCCUCUCUUCGAGACCGCUAUUCCUUCGAGGAUGCGGUAUAUCUCGGCAGAUAUCGCGCUUCUCUUCGAGACGUGAUGGUCUGCCAAACCCUCUGCCACUUCUCUUCGAGAAUGUGGUUUUCAUAUCCUCAGCCGCUACCUUCCUUGAGGGUGCGGUUUAUCCUAGCAGAUAUCGCUACCUCUCUUCGAGAGUGUGGUUUCUACUUAACCUGUUCCACCUCUCUUCGAGAGUGUGGUCUACAAUCCCUUGCCGGCUCUCUUCGAGAGUUCCGGUUGGAUUUCUUCUCUGCCGACCGAAUGAAUUCAUCGCCUCCGUCUGUCGCCAUCGCUCCGCCUCCGACGCCAAAGUUUGCCAUCUCUCAGCCAAAGAUCGCCUACCGAUUCCCCUCGCCGUCAUAGAAGCCAGAGUGUUCGACAAUUCUUCAGUCGUACGUGAGAUUAUCUCGCCUCGGGCGGGCAUCCAAUAUAUCGAGAGUGUAUUAAAGCGAUACGACAUGUGGGAUAUGAGCGCUAUUGAAAACGACUAGCCAACGACAUUGCCAGCAACUUCCAACACCAACAGAACAGCGACUAUCCUUGAACCUCUAGUACCACUCCAUCG